GAGUGCAUCGUCUUCCAGCCGGUCGGCUAGUCAGCUACUCAGUCAUUCAAACAAACUAUGAAAUGGAGUGGUUUUGAUAGAAGUGUAUAAAACAAAAAGAUAAAUAAGGUCAAACAUCGUAAAAAGGCGAAGAGGUCACACUGACAGAGUUGAGAAUGAUGGCAGAGGGGCGCUUUGCCAGUCUGCCCAGGUCACUCCAUGUGCACCACACACUGGGAGGAAGCACUGCACACCCUGGAGUCCCCUCCACUUCCCACGGCGUCCCCAGCAGCAGCACCUGCUCCACCAGGAGGCUCCAGGCCUCCCUCGCCUCCUCCAUGGAUCUCCUCAGCUCCAGACCUGGUCUCCCUCCAGGGCAGGGCAGCAGCCCAUCAGAUAUACCUGCUGCCUACCAGCCAAUCUCCAUUCAUGGAACUCUGCCUCGGCGCAAGAGAGGAGGGGCCAACCUCACCCACGGAAACUACACCUGGGACCCCAGAGCCAAUCACACGCAGCCGAUACUUUGUGGGAAGACGUCACUGACUCCUGGUCACAUCCAUCAGCCCAUGACCUCUCCGCUGGUCCAAAAUAUCAUUGAUGACUUUCAUGGUUGCAGGGAGCCCGCUGCUGGCCUGGAUGCCACUGUGGACUACGUUAAGUUCUCCAGAGAUCAGUUCAUUCUGGACUGCCCUUCAGAGAAACUUCGCAGAGAGCUGGAGGAAGAACUAAAGCUGGACUGCGAGGAGCCGAGAAGCCACGCGUGGUACCACGGAGCGAUACCAAGACAGGUUGCAGAAACCUUGGUGCAGCGUGACGGGGAUUUCCUGAUCCGUGAUUCACUGUCCAGUCCAGGAAGUUAUGUUCUGACCUCCCAAUGGCGGAAUGCUGCCCAGCAUUUUAAAAUCAACAAGAAGGUAGUGAUGUUGAACGAAGCCUACACCAGAGUCGAGUACCGGCUGGAAAGGGAAGGGUUUGACAGUGUCCCUGCACUUAUAAGAUAUUAUGUCGGCAACAGAAAACCUGUCUCCCAGGUGGUAGGAGCCAUCAUCUUCCAGCCAAUUAACAGAGGGCUGCCACUACGCUGCUUGGAAGAAAAGUACGGCUUGUCCAACAAUCAGCGAGAUCGGCUUAUGGCACAGGAGAGGCGGAGUCAGAAACGCCUCAGCCUCAACAUUACCAACGGACACACGCACGACAACACACACAGCGUGCACGACAGCACUCACUGCCGGGACAACGGCAUGGGCCGAGGCAGCCAGCUCAGGAUGAAGGAUCGCUGCGGCAGCCAACCAGCAAGUCUCAAUCAGGUCCAAGAGAGGCGACGCCCGCUCAAGGCGCACCAGUCAGAAAGCUACCUGCCUCUUGGAUCCAAACCUCAGCCCCAGCAACCCUCUGACCCUCUCCUCCCAAGCCCUAACCCCAAGUCUCCAGUGUUUCGGACGGGCAGUGAGCCGGCGCUGAGCCCCUCUGUCCCACGGAGAUCUGCAGAGCUUCUGGCAGGCCAGGCCAUCCGCGGCUCCGACAGCCAGCUGUGUCCUAAACCGCCUCCCAAACCCAGCAAGGUGCCCCUGGCUCGACUGCCUCGCUCCCCCUGCCUUCAGCCACUGGUUCCCCCAGCCGGUUCCUCCAGCCUCACAGACUCCUCCCCCAGCUCCCCCAGGCUAACUGCGCCUCCGCUGGACUCCACAUGUGUGGAGACUGCUGGUUCUACAUGGAGGAGUGGAGCCACUACAGGCCCUCCUGUACCUCCAGUCAAGCCCCUGAAGUUCCAGCAUCAGCUCCUGCCUGCAGACUGUCUCAGCUCCUCCAGCUGUGUGGUUUCACCUGCUGAACUAGUUCAGUAUCCUGAUUCAGAGGCCAUAACAGGCCUGCAGCCAAGCCCUGCAGACCUGAGGUCCUGCAGCUCGCUGGAGUGGGACGAUUCAAAUGCACUGAAGCUCCUCACAGACGACACCCUGUGCAGCUACGUGGAGAGACUGAGGAGAGAGGUGGGGGAAGGAAGGGAGGAGGAGGAGAGGGAUGAGAAGGAGGCUGGAGGGAGGAGAGGGCUUGACAGAAGCUCCUACCAUCACGCCAUUGCCGCCUUAGAAAACACCAGCGAGGAAGAGGAGGAGGAUGAGGAAGAGAAGAGGAGGGGAAAGGAGAGGAACAGUUUCCAGCGGCCGCUCAUAGAAACGGAGUCAACGUUCCGGCCGGCGGAGUUCGGAUCUCGACUUCUGCCUCCAGAAAACAAGCCGCUGGAGAUGGUGGUGCUGAAGAGAGCGAAGGAGCUGCUGCUCAGCCACAAUCACCACAGCAUAGCCAGACACCUGCUGAUGGCUGACUGCCAGGUUGCGAGGAUACUCGCAGUGACUCCAGAGCUUAAAGGUCAGAUGGGCGUGUCCUCUGGUCUGGAGCUGGUGACGCUGCCGCACGGCCGACAGCUAAGGCUGGAUCUGAUGGAAAGGCACCACACCAUGGCCAUAGGCGUUGCUGUGGAUAUUCUGGGAUGUACGGGCAGCGUGGAGGAGCGGGCAUCCACCUUAAAUCGCAUCAUCCUUGUGGCCCUGGAGCUGAAGGACACGGUGGGCGACCUGUUCGCUUUCACAGCCCUGAUGAAAGCUCUGGACCUGCAGCAGAUCACUCGUUUGGAGGAAACAUGGACAACUCUGCGAAGGAACUACACACAGACCGCCAUCAGCUACGAGAAAACACUCAAACCUUUCUACAAGAAUCUGUAUGAGGGCUCAGCUUCCUCUCCUCCAGUGGUCUGCGUCCCCCUCCUGCUCCCCCUCCUCACUUUGAUGGAGCGUCCGUCAAUCACACCGGAGGGGGCGGAGCUCUGGGAGACCAGCGACCAGGGCUGUGACAUUAUGCUGCGCCACCUGGAGGCCGCACGCGACGUGGCACACAACUCACAGAGCUACACGGCCAACGCACAGAAGAUCUUACAGGACUUUCAGUGCGAUGAAGAGCUGUUGGAGGUGUUUAAAACAGACUUUCAGCUGCGGCUGCUGUGGGGGAGCCGUGGCGCUUCAGUCAACCAAUCUGAUCGCUACAACAAAUUCAACCUCAUCCUCACUGCGUUGUCACGGAAACUGGAGCCGCCGCCCAAGACACAAACCUUAAUCUGAGCAACAGCUCACAAACUGACACACUCUGGACUUCAGCAGAACGUCAGGUGGAUGAAAAACCAUCUGCGACGAAGAAGAGAAACAAACUCAGAGAUCAGAGAACAAGCUGCUGUCACUGUUAGUGUGAGGAAGAGGAUUUCACACCCACCUCUUUCUAAUCAAUCAAUAUUUCACUACAUCAGUUAAAGGAGGAGUCUGUCUUUUUCCUCACUUUAACAUGUGUCCAGGGCUUACAGCAUCAGUGUCCAGUGAAGCUAAAGCUGUAACAUCCGCUCACUUAAAUCACCAGCAGAGUCUCUGCACAAUUUACAGCUUCAAACAUCAGACACACAUCUAUGAGUGAGAUAUGAGCCGAGGACCUGGGUAACACUCAUGAAGGAGAAUAUUAAACCUGUCCAAUAAUAUAAAAAUCACCAGACGUGGAGAGACUGUACCUGACUGUGACAGCAGGUCCAGCAUGUCCUUCAUUUCUAUCAGUUAAUAUUAUGUUUAACUCGCUGAGAUCAGGAGGUGAAGUGCCUCAUGUCACAAUGCUCCUCAAUGUUUUGGUGACAAAAAUCCAAAAAAUGUUGAAUUUGCUGCUCAGUCACAACUAAACUAGCAUGACCUUUCUGAGGGUGUGACUGAUGUUUGUGUGAGAGCAGAGCAGACAGGAGAGGCUUAAAGGGAGACGGUGGUUUAGAAAUAUUAGAAACCUUCUUGACAAUUGGGAACAUGUUUCUUCAACAAGACUAAAUGGAGAGAAACAGCAAAUAGCUCCAAAUCCUGUGAGAAAUACGUUAAGAAUAAAGACAUUUUAUAAAGAAAGUCAAAGUCAGUGUGUGAGAUAGAAAAACUGUAUUUAACAGUUACAAUGAGUGAUUGAGGUGUCAGCCUGUUCUUCUGUUACAAAACCACCUGAUCAGUUUGUUGCUGGUUUAAAAAGUGAAAAAAGUCAAGCGUUAACAUUUUUCCCAAAUCAUCGGAUGACAGAGAUCAACAGUAAAUCUCUUUUUACUUUCACGGGGAGCAGAAUUUGUACUUUCUGUCCAAGUGUAAAUGUAGCUAUAAGUUUCUUUUAUUCCUGACAGAUGAAAAUAUUUUUGUUUCUGCAUAAACGUGAAUGAAUUGAUUUCAAACAAUAGAAGUAUGUUAACAUGUGAGAGACUUAAGUUGUACAUAUUUGAAAUAUUAGCACGUUAAUAACUGACUGUACAUAUUUUAUGUAGAAGACUGACUGUAAAAAAAGAUGAUUUUAAUGUUUAUAUUAUUAUGAACUACUGUAAGAUUUAAUAAAUAAGGUGCAAGA